GAAAAAACAAAACAGUGAUCGAAUCAAUUCCGGAAUUUGGUCAGGAACGUCCGUGUCCUCGAACUACAGGGGAGCUUUCAAUCUACUUUUAGAUAUACAUAUGACAUGUAUAGUAUAUAUAAUUAUAUAUAUAUAUAGAGAGAGAUACAUCUAUCCUUGGACACGGUCAAGAAGCAUGUGCGGGUUGACCUUCUCGCAAAGAUUGAUUGGAAGCCUCGCUUAACAAAUUGAGGUUCCGGUCUUCCGGUUGUUGAGUUAUGCCAGGUGCCAGCAUGGUGCCCCACCGUGUUGAUGUGGCCAUGCUGGUGAAAGGAACAUUGACUGCGGGCACCACAUCCAAUUCCAAGUUCAACAGCUGAAUAGGUUCUGAUUUUUCCCCAUGACUUAGUGCAGAAUGAUUGUUUGACUCCGACAAGUACUCCGACACUGACACGGCCACAAGUAGAAACUGACCUGAUGUCAAAUGCGAUGUUCUUCUCAUGAUUAUAUAUCUACCAGGAGUGACACCCAAAGCCAUACAAGAAUGUACUUUCACCACCUGCGGACUGAUUCACCCUGAUUUUGAGAAGCUGAACGCCUCACCUUUGUUUGUCCAAAUUGUCUGGGACACUUUGGGAUGCCCCUCCCCUGGUAGCAAUGGCCCAUCGACCCCAGCUCGGCUCGACGGCGUCGCGGUGGGCUGCCGAAACCGGGCGGCCGAAGACCGCGGGCGGCCGCCGGACGCGUCAGUGGGCGCGUCACGCGCCGGCGGGACGCGAUGUACUUGGUGCCCCAGAAGUCCACCAAGGAUCCACGGAUAACGCAGAAGGGGCGAUUUUCAGCAUGGCUCAUCAAAGCGCGAAGUGACGGAGCGAACGCCAAGUGGUUUCAGAGCGUGGGGCGUCGGUAUUUUACCCUAGAUUUCGACAAACGUCUCUUCUACUACACUCACACCGAGAGCCGGCAGGCUCAGGCGUCCACACCGAUCAAAUUUGCCGACAUCUUGGGAGCUCAUCUGGGGCACAACUUUGAUCCAGAUCCAGAUUGUGGGCAGCAUGGCUUCUCACGACCCUUUCGGCGACACCUACCCGGUACCUUUCCCUUCACGGUUCGCACCAAAGGAAAGAGGUUGCGUUUGGAGGCGGAGGAAGAGCCGGACGCCUUUCAGUGGAUCAGCCUCCUCAACGCGGCUCACCGCAUCGGCGCAGAGGUGGAUUUGCUCCAGAGCAACAGCUGGCUACCGAGCACGCCGGCAAAGGAGGAGAAGGUGCCUUCAGCGGUCUCCACGCCUUCGCGCGAUGUCUCCACGGUGGUCUCUGAGAGCUCCACGCCGUCCAUCGACUCUCGGAGUUUAGACUUGGAGCGAGCUAUUGCAGGAACUGAGACUUCCGAGAAGCAUGAGGCAGAGGAAAUGGAUGAGACGAUCCACUGUGCCACCGAAAGCACCGGAAUUGAGGCGUCGGGCAUGGACUGUACGCUUCCAUCUUGCCGGCUGAAGCCGUCGGACUUUGGCUUUGAAGAAGAUGAGGUCUUUUCGGAGGAUGGUGCCACCACUGCGGCCUUCGUUCCGGGCAGCGAUGAGAGUGAUGCGUCGGACAGUGGCUGUGAAGACACCGGCUUCGUGGGUGGCUACAGCGCGACGGAAGGCAUGGUUGGUUCAACCAGAGCCGCGGCUGAUCUUCAGCUGCUCCGACCUCCAGGAGGUCCAAAAUUGGGGAGAAACUGGGCGAAUUCUGACAUGGAAGGACUUCAGUGGACGCAAGAUGACGCGAGUUAUGGACCCUUCUUCGCCUCUGAAAUGUGUGAGACUGUCCACAUGGUUGUUUGAUGUCGUCUUUACAUUCACACAUGAAGCACGAGUCUGUCGGUGUUGCAUUGGCCCUGGGAAUGAAAGUAUCAGGAGCUUGCUGCAGAUGAACAUGUGUGAAUGUCUCAGCAUGUUUGAAUCUUGAAGAGUUGCGAUGCGAUCCACAAAUGGUAAUUGCAUGUAAUUACGAAGGAACUCAUACAUGCAUGGCUCAGAAAACUCCCCUAAAAUUCAAGUGGAGCAUCGCACGUGGGUCUAUUGGUUGCACUUGAAGGCCUUGUGGGGGGUGAAGAAGCUUCAACCCCCCGACUGCGCUGCAAGCCCUCUUAGAUGAUUGGAUCAUGUUUCUUUUGGGCGUUUGAAUCGCUUGAGGGAAGAGGUGGCCCAACCAACUCCUGAGAUGGCGUUCCAUCAAGCACCCACUGGAGAUGCUUCCCGUUUUCGGGAUUCUUUGGGUGGUGGAACUCUUCCAUCAGGCACCAACGGAUUUGGAGAGGGACAUGGAGAGUCCAGCUCAUUCAAUGGAGAGUCCCAGGAAAAAGACAGAUCUUGGAUGGAGGAAAGAGCUUCACCAGUACCUUCCCCCAUUCAUUGCCUUUGGAACUCACUGCAUGGGUCGUGUCCUUUCCACCAGCCUCAGGAGAAGCACAACGUACGAGCCACCAUUUGCUUAGCAGUCUUUUGUUGUUUUUCGUUGAGGUUGGUGAAGGCCAGCAAAAGCAAAAAGGGAGAAACGAUGCAUUGCAGUCAAAAAGAGGUGCAGGCAAGCGAGCUAUGCUGUUGUUUUGAUCCUUUUGUUCAAAAAACUGUAGUUUGUUGUCCCAUCAUGCCUCGCAAGUAGGUUGCAAAUGCAUGUAAAUGCACUAGCUCACCUAGGCAGGCAUGUGUGCCACACCUAGGCCACAGAGUUCAGACUUCUAUCCGACCUUGCGCGCUUGGUCGUUCGGAAAAACCCAUGUCGACCUCCGUCCGGACGGUCCUCCGUCCGCGCGGCCGUGUCGACGGUCGACCCCCCGCGGGCGACCCGGGAGUGGCCCAGGUAUUUCAUUUGAUUUGAGGCUUUUGCACCGCGAGGUGGCUCGGUCAUGUCGGCUACCUGCUCGAUCCACAUCGGUCCUCGAAUGAGGUCUCCAACGCCCGUGAGCAUGUCAAAGAGAUGGCUUGCGGGAGCCCGUUAUUUUUAGGUGACAGCACACCGGUGGCCUAAAAAGA